AUGGCACAGAAGAGUCGUUUUACAGUACACAUAAGGAUACAUACUGGAGAGAAACCUUUUACUUGCUCUGUUUGUAAGAAGAGUUUCUCCACAAAGCAACAAAUGACCUCACACAUGAGAACACACACUGGAGAGAAACCUUUUGCUUGCUCUUUUUGUAGGAAGAGUUUCUCCAGAAAGCUUGACGUGACCACACACAUGAGAACACAUACUGGAGAGAAACCUUUUACUUGCUCUGUUUGUAAGAAGAGUUUCUCAAGAAAACAUUUCAUGACCACACACAUGAGAACACAUACUGGAGAGAAACCUUUUACUUGCUCCGUUUGUAGGAAAAGUUUCCCCAUAAAGCAACACAUGACCACACACAUGAGAACACACACUGGAGAGAAACCUUUUGCUUGCUCUGUUUGUAGGAAGAGUUUCUCAAUGAAGCCUGCCUUGACCACACACAUAAGGAUACAUACUGGAGAGAAACCUUUUACUUGCUCUGUUUGUAAGAAGAGUUUCUCCACAAAGCAACAUAUGACCACACACAUGAGAAUACAUACUGGAGAGAAACCUUUUACUUGCUCUGUUUGUAAGAAGAGUUUCUGCAGAAAGCCUGACAUGUCCACACACAUGAGAACACACACUGGAGAGAAACCAUUUAGUUGCACUGUGUGUAAUAAGAUGUUCCGGUAUAAGUAUCAGGUCAGUAAACACAAGUGUGUAACAGUCAUGGAAGCUGCAGGGAUUUAAAAACACUUAAACAGUGAUUGUGCUAAAAGUACUUUAAAAACACAGCAUGUUUAAAGGCCUACUGAAAGCCACUACUACCGA